CACGUGACCCAUAGUCACGUGGCUCGCGGGACAACAUGGCUGCGCCCGCGCUAAGGCCGGGUCGUGGACGCUGCCCCGGGCUAGGUCUGGUCCUCUUGCUGCCUCUGCUCUUGCUGCUAGGCAGGGCGGCAGGGGGCGAAGAGGCCGGAGCCAGCUCGGGCGCGGCGUCCGUCGCGGGGUCGUGCGGCUGCGGCUCUCCGCAGCGGCCCGGAGCCCAUGGCAGCUCGGCGGCCGCGCACCGAUACUCGCGGGAGGCGAACGCCCCGGGCCCGGUCCCCGGAGAGCGGCCGCUCGCGCUCACCAAGAUGGUCCCCAUCCCUGCUGGAGUGUUUACGAUGGGCACAGAUGAUCCUCAGAUAAGGCAGGAUGGGGAAGCACCUGCAAGGAGAGUCGCUAUUGAUGCCUUUUACAUGGAUGCCUAUGAAGUCAGUAACGCUGAAUUUGAGAAGUUUGUGAAUGCAACUGGCUAUUUGACAGAGGCUGAGAAGUUUGGUGACUCGUUUGUCUUUGAAGGCAUGUUGAGUGAGCAGGUGAAGACUGAUAUCCAACAGGCAGUUGCAGCUGCUCCCUGGUGGUUACCUGUUAAAGGCGCUAACUGGAGACAGCCAGAAGGGCCCGACUCGACUGUUCUACACAGGCCGGAUCAUCCCGUUCUCCAUGUCUCCUGGAACGAUGCUGUUGCCUACUGUGCCUGGGCAGGAAAGCGGUUGCCCACGGAAGCUGAGUGGGAAUACAGCUGUCGAGGAGGCCUGCAAAAUAGACUUUUCCCCUGGGGCAACAAACUUCAGCCAAAAGGCCAACAUUAUGCCAACAUUUGGCAAGGCGAGUUUCCUGUGACCAACACUGGAGAGGACGGCUUCCAAGGAACUGCGCCUGUUGACGCCUUUCCUCCCAAUGGUUAUGGCUUAUACAAUAUAGUAGGGAAUGCGUGGGAGUGGACCUCAGACUGGUGGACCGUUCACCAUUCUGUUGAAGAGACGCUUAACCCGAAAGGCCCCCCUUCUGGCAAAGACCGGGUGAAGAAAGGUGGAUCCUACAUGUGCCAUAAGUCCUACUGCUAUAGGUAUCGCUGUGCUGCUCGAAGCCAGAACACACCUGACAGCUCCGCCUCGAAUCUGGGGUUCCGCUGUGCAGCUGAUCGUCUGCCCACCAGGAGCUAAGAACCAAGAACAGGCUUCGUGAAUCCAAGAAGUCGUGUCUACCCUGCCCGGCUUCCCUCAGAAGGUUAACCAACCUUGUGUGAAGAAUUCCCACCAUGAAGUGGGUUACCUACCUGCCCAAUGGCCAGAGGAACCGCCUUGCGAGACCAAAUCGCUGACCUCCGUCAGCACAUGUGCUUUAUUGUGUGGUGCAUCUUUGGAGAUCAUCACCAUGUUUUACUCUGCGAGUCUUUUAAAGAGGAAGGGGCGUGGAGGGCACCCUGAGCUAGGCUUCAGGAGGCCUACGUCCUACCUGGGGCCUGCCACUGGGGUCAGACCCCGGAGUCCCACACUUGACCUUCCUGGGCCUCAGUGACCUCAUCUGUCGAGUGAGGGGAUGCACGGCAUGCUCUCCGAGGCUCACUCCAACUCACAAAUUCUAUGAGUAUACCAGAGUCUAUCAUGAUUUCAUAGUGAGAAUUUAUGACAGAUUAUUUUUUAGCUAUUUUUUUUCCACAUGUGAACCUUGGGUGAUACUAAUGUAAAAUAAGAGUUCUCUUACGUAUUCUUUUCAGAAAAGGAUGGUGGGGUGGUGGUGAUGAGUCUUUAUAUUCACACUGCACUUUGUUUUUUCAAGGAAAUCAGUGUCUUUUACAUUGUUAUGAUGAAUCCCACGUGGGCCAGUGAUGGUACGCUCAAGUUCAGCAGUCUGAACACGCAGGAAUGUCUGUGGGGUGAUUCUACUGUGCUUUAUCUUUUAACAUUAAGUGCCUUUGGUUCAGGGGGGCAAUUAUAAGCCCUAUUUCCCCCUCUCCCCAAAGCCUUCGGUGAAUGUGAAAUGUAUGCUAAACGGAGAAACCUGUUUAAUUCUAGAUGUAGGAGAAAAGGAAUGAGAACUUUGAAUUAACCAUAUUCAAGGUACUCAGUAUUUUGUAAUAGAGAAGUAGGAAAUCUUGUUGGCUGUGGAAUAUCAGAUGCUUUGAAUCAUGCACAAUAGAGAAUAAACUGGUAUCUGCUAAAUCAGG